CAGGACUGGAAGUUGUCGCGCGAUUUUGCGCUUCUGCGGGGAUGAGGUGCGGGAGGCCAUGUGCGAGAAAUUUCGGACUGUUUGUUUGCGCUGAGGGAACAUAAUGCCCAACACCUGCCACACACUACGCCCUCCGCAGGCUCGUUGAGUCGUCAUCGCAACAACCUCCAGCGGCUCCUUACCUCCGGCGAACGAGCUCUGUUUAAACAUGGCUGAUGAGCAAUUUCCGUGGCUCGACUGGCCUCAUCACUACGCGCCACAGAACCUGACUCAACAUGCCCCUCACGCCGAGGAGAAUUCGAAUUCUCAGUGGAGAGGCCCGUUCUAUAACUCCAACACCAACCUUCCACAAACACAACCGAAUAACGCUACUACGCAAGCCCCGUAUUAUCCGUCAUAUCAGCAGCAGGAAGAAUCAUAUGUGCGGCUAGAGGACGUCCUACAAUACCCUUCAUAUCGGUGGGGACCACCGCCGGCUCGCGAGUAUCAAAAACCGGCAUCACACCUAGAAAGCACAUCGGACUCGCCUGCAUCCUCAAAACCCCCUCUGCAAUCUGUACCGCAGGCUGCGUCAGUUUCCCAGCAAGCGCAGGCGCUGCCAGCCGCUCAGAACUAUCGACCUGGCUCACAGUGCAAAUUCCCAUCCUCUCCUUCGCAAACUCCCAAUCCCCCGAUGCCGCGAACUACAAAGCCACCUACUGCACAGCGCCCACGCCAGGAGCCCCAUCGUACGGGUCCGCAACAUAUGGCGCCGUCUCAGACACGACCUGCAUCACAGUCACAAAUACCGUCGCGUACUUCAUCUCCCGCAACAUCGCAAGCACCGACGCUUCGUAUGCCUCAACACGGCCAGCAAGCUCAAUUCAAACCUCCUCCACGGGGUCCGUCAAGUGUGGGCCCACAGGCAGCGGCGCAGCGGACUUCGCGACACAACGCCCAAUAUCCCUCGCCCCCAACAACCUUACAAGCUCUUCUGCCCACUGUCGCACCUUUAGAUACACAGAUUAGGCCGCUAAAUCCUUCCCCGCAGAACAGACCCCAGACUCUCUCACAAAACGCGCGGCAAUCUGCGUCCCAGUCCCCGCAGUCUGCGCAGCAAAUACGAGGUCCCAGCUCAAAAACGACAUCGCAACCUAGCUCCACACGACCUACGACGCAGUCUCCUUUAUCACUCCCUGUCCCACGACCAGCCGCACAAUCUGCCACACCACCUGUCCCACAUAAUGUAUCACAAACUUUACCACCUCAAGGCCCUCCUUCCACACAAGCAGCUCCAAACCCUGUGCUGCCAAAGCCUCCACAACCGCAGCGGCAGAUGGCACAAGCACCGCAUACCCAACCGGCACAUGGUCCUCAGGGGAAAUUUGUGGCCUACACAUUUCAACCCGAGAACCCUGCAGAUAGGACACACCUGAAACGCCGUAUGGAUAUAGUGAGCCGGUUGAAAGAGUCAGAAGCCGCACAGAAAGUUACCUACGACCCGAAAACGAUUGCGAGGGAUAUCCUGAUUACGUCCAACCGUCACCCGACAGAGGCCACUUUAAAUUAUCAUCUCUUCCGCCUCCGGGAUGUGUUUUCCGCCGUGGAUAUUAAUUCGGAUCUGGAAACGUUCAGAUGGGAUUUAGUUGAUCCAAGCGAGCCAUCACGUGAUCUCAAAGCCAAGGCUGGUGUUCCACCCAGUCAUCCCAAUCAAGGCUCCGUGCAAACCAAGCAAAUAGCCCCACCACCACCUGUCCCCGUCGGCAGCAACACAACCCAGAAUCAACACGGGGUUCCGCAGCCUCCAUUUCAGCAGCCUCAUCCUCCGUCCCAAUAUCAGCCAAAGCCGCAGCCGCAGCCGCAGCCGCAACAGAAACCGCAACCGCAACCGCAACCACAGCCACAAGUUCAGCUUCCAGCUCCAAACCCGCCAGUGCCGUUACCCGUACAGCAGCCUAAGUCUGAACCAUCGGCUCCCAGUACGCCGCAGUCAAUGGAGAAGAAAAGGCGCGGCAGGCCCCCUGGCAGUACCAAUAAGCCGAAAGCCGCUACAGCCGCAGCUGUACCGCAGACACCGACUUCGUCAUAUCCUGUUUAUGCGUGUCGGUGGGGCAAUUGUCAAUCUGAACUGCACAACCUCGAGUUGCUCAAAAAACAUUUGUUCAAGAACCACGCCUCGUAUCAAAUUACAUGUGGGUGGAAGGGCUGCGCGUUCACGGCGACCUUGCCGGCUGCGGAGUUGAUGAAGCACGUGAAGAAAGAGCAUCUUGAAUCUCUUGCAUGGAAGCUGGGAGAUGGGCCAGCUGUGCCUUCAAGUGUGGACCAAGGAUCUAGCUCAAACACAGUACCGUUGACCAUUCCGGAAUCUAACCAGCCUGGAAACGAGGAUUCCCUCAUUUUCCCUGCCGACUACCGCUCGAUUCGCGCGUUCAAUCGAGUUCAUGGACAUUAUUCCCAGCAUGAAAAGGCUGGUGAGAUAUUUAAGGCAGUACAGCGACUGAAGGAGCAUAUUGGCGUCGGGUUGGACCCGGGUGGCUGCGAACUAGCCACUCCGUUGCGCAAUCCCAGGGUGGCGGACGACGAAGAUGUCUAUGAAGUUCGGUCCCAAUCUUGAAGCGGCUGUUUACCUGCAUAGCGUGGUAGUGUAGUAUACCUUAUAUGGCGUUGGUUCUGGAUUCCUCUUAUCGCAAUAAAUGGCGUCCAGGCGUUGAUAUUACGUGGGUGUUUUAUCGAAGGGAUUUGGGCCC